AUAACCAGCUAGGAGAUGAUGUGGAAAUUCCCGUAAUGGCCAAUUUACACACACUGACAUUAAACAAAAACAACAUAUCCUUUUCAUUUUAACUUGCACCCUGGAUAGAGCGGUUCUGUAACUUGCCACAAACAUAUCCUUCAGGUGCUGAUAACUGGCAUCCUUCCCUUUGAGGCUAUUGUCAAGAGAGGCCAAUGUAAAACGUUUUCAUCAUUUUUUUCUUUUUUUCUUUCUUUGUUUGAUCCUUAAUUUUUAAUACAUAUCCAAUCUAGACGGAUUCUUGGACAAAGUUUCCAAGAAUUUACCUUCUCUGAAAUAUCUCAGCUUGCUUAGUAACCAGGCCUGCCCAAACGAACUGUCAUUUUCCUACAGAGACGAGGAAGAUUACCAGCGAUACAGGUUACUUUUUGACUUCAUAAUUUCGCACUUUGGCAUCGCUUGACAUCUGAAUUCAUAUUAUUUUCAUUUUUUAUUACCUUAUUCACUUUAAUUUUAUCUUUUUACUUAUCUAUUCACUAUUUCAAUACGAGUUACUGCUGCUUAACUCUUUAACUCCCAGAAGUGAUUAACAUGUAACUUCUCCCUAUAAUAUCUAUACAUUAUCUAGCAAACAGGUAAUGAGAAUACUCAAACUUAUCAGGUAGAAGUUGUCAUCUUGAUCUAACACCAAAUUCUCAUAAUUAAUUUACACGAAAAUGUGUAGCAGCUAGAGGGGAGAAUUAACAAUUAAAUCUUGGGAGUUAACGGGUUAACCCUUAAACUCCCAUGAGUGACCAAGAGAUAAUUUCUCCUCACAUAUUCAAGACAACAUCAAGCCAAGAAGUGAUGGGAAUCAAGAAAAUAUCAAUUAUGGGAUUAUUAGUUGGUCCAAUGCCAAAUUCUCCAAAUUGACAUCAUACGAAUUGUAUGGGAGAAAGUAAGGGGAAUAACUAAAGAGAUCUUGGGAGUUAAAGGGUUAACUUCCACUUUUCUCAGGUUAGGUUAGCGACGAGUUGCUUGAAAAUGUUUUUAACGUUGUUACAAUGUGAACAAACUAUCUAAAUGGAAUGUAUAAGUUAUUUCCAAGAUACCUGGGAGUCUGGGACCUCUCUCUUUGAGUGCAAAGCCUUUGAUAUUAAAAUCAUUUUCACUCUUAAAAAUAAGAAAUCCCGUGAACAAUAAUUUUCAGUUUAUCGAGUGAGGUUUGAAGACUUGAGCUUUUGUCAACUUGAAGGGAGUGACCUGUUAUUGUUAACGGUGAUAAUGAUGAUGCUAAUCAGUUGUGAUUUUAAUGACGCAAAUGAUAACGGUAAUGAUGAUAACAAUGUUGUUCUUAAUAAUGAUUGUUAUGAAAAACGUUAAUAACGAUGACGAUGACGAUGACGUGACCACAAUGCUAAUGAUAUAUGAUGACGUUAGCUCGACUAUAUGACCUGUACAACAUGAAUUUUCUUUAAUCUUUGAUUCAUUCUUCAGAUAUUAUGUACUUCACCGACUGCCAAACUUAACAUUUCUCGAUUCAAGGCCUGUUAAAAAGGCAGAGAAGACAGAGGCACAGAGGGUUGGUGCUUACAUGAAGAUCGUUGCUCCUUCACUAACCGACCUGGUAAGUUACUGAAAAUUUGUGACAUUGAAACGCGUUUUCUCCAAUUAAGAAAAUCUAAAACUCAAAUAUGGUACGCCCUCUGUGACCAUAGUAUACCAAUUUCAUUGCGUUAUAAUUUUCUUGAUUGACAGAAAGCUCAAAUGCAAGAAAGCGUAGAAAUAUCAAGAUUCACUCCACUACCUAGUACCACAAAGGCUCCUGGGAAACACAGGGGGACGUUUGGACGUAUUCGGUACAACUACUCUGGAAAGAAUUCUGAAGGCAACAGAUUUAUAAAAAAUGCUCAGCUUUGAAUCUGAAAACUAUUCUACAAGUUUUGUUGUAAUUAAGGACCUUGUGCUUGGUGGGGUUAGAUUCCAUUCCUCUCAUCACAAACCUAGUUCGAGCUCCGUGCUGUAAGAUACUGACCGAGAUUUCCCGCUCGGAUUUAAGGCCCGCGCGCUCGCGCUUCGCAUGGCAUUCCUGUCAUAACUCUAAUUCAGACUAUUCUUAGCAAAUCAAUUUUUCCUUGAGCAUAGAAAAUGCGCAGGAUUCGCAAUGACAGUAUCGUUGUGUUAUAAAUAAGAGCUGGUUUGUCCUAUUUUCCCACUCAGCUUAAUUGUCAAGGAGAAAUUAAAAAAGAGAAAAUAUUUUAAAACCUUUUGGAUAAAAUAGAAUGGAAAAUCUAAUUAAAACAGAUAGACUACGUGAACAUCAAUAAACGUCGUUACUGAAAAUGAAAAGGUAGCAUUGAUUUAUCUCCCCUCCCUUCAACCUGCCUCCCCAUCCCCCCAGUUUACUUUCUUCUUGAGUUGUUCUGUCACGGUAUAAGGGUAAGGUGAUGUCAUGCAAAAAACGUUUUUUAUUUUUUAUUGAUAAACUCGAACUACUACGACAGUUUAAGCUUGUCGUAUGCUAUUUCUAGGUUUAUUUUAAAAAAUGAUUUUUAAUGCGUUUUAAACAAAAGGCAAACUACAGCUGUAUUACUUAACCGUUGUAAACACCGCGCAACAAGGAUUAGUCUACAGAAUAAAAACGUCUAAAAGGCCCUUCUCACUUCUUUUCUUACAUGCAUCUAUUAGAGAAAAACUCAACCUAUCAACAGCAUUAUAUAGCGCAUGUUGUCUAAGAGAAUAAAAAUUGUUAACAUUAUGAAACGAACUUGUUAUGAAACUG